AGUAUGCGUAAGACAGUGCAACGGGGAGGAUGUAUGUCAUAUAGCUCUGUGCGGGUGCCAGUCCAUUCAUACCUUGCAUUGUGAAGGCAAGGAGAGACAUUGCCAGAAGACAAGAGCUUCAACCACAGCUUCAAGAGAGAGAGCGAGCCAAGAUGUCAGUCCGUAGUGGUCGAGUUGUGAAGACAGUCCGGACCCUCACCAGGCCGGCCUCCGAGGCCUCCUGUGCUUUCACCACCUACAGCUGCACUCUGCCUCGCCUUGAUGGCUUUGAGUACUGCAGCCGCCACAUCCUGGAGGACAAGGCAGCGCCCUUCCGCCAAUGUAACUACACCUUCACCAGCACCAGCAAGCGAUGUUUGCGCCCGGCACCCACCACCGACAGGAAGGAUGGCAGGUACUGUCUGGAUCACUCCCGGAGGUCCCUGGUGGUGCGUCAGCGGGCGGCAAGGAGGACGUGCCCGCGCCAGACUCCCGAGACGCUGCUCUCCAUACUGAGCCACCACCAGAUGGACACACACACUGCUGGCCAGAAUGCCAUCCCAGACCCAGCCAGUGUGCCAGGCCUCGGAUCAACAGCCCUGGAGUAUGCUAGUGACACAGACAGCGAUGAGGAGACUGCCACCUUCCCCCAGGACUCCCUGCCGCGACGGGAGGCCGACAGUGAGCUGGACUCGGCGGAUUCAGAUGUGGAUCCUCUCGAGCAUGCUGAGGUGUUCACGACGGAGGAGAUAACAAGGAUUUAUUUGGAGAAGCUGCAAAAGUUGAAGUCCAUGUACGUGGGCGAGUAUAAGCGUCUGAUCCACAUCCUGAGGGAGAGUCGGAGGAAAUAUCUGCAGGCCGUGAGGCAGGAGAAGGAGACCAUGACCAGCAUCCACAGCCAGCCCAAGCCCACACCAGAGGAGAGGGUGGCAUACGAGCAGCUCAAGGCCCUGGCGCGCUACCACAAGCACCUCGGCACACAUGCCCUCCUUCACCGACAGCAGCUGGAGCGCCGAUUGCAGGUGACAGAGGGUGUGAACUACAAGCCAGGCACUAGCAUUGGGUGUGUCAAGUGUGUGUACAGUGAGGGGUCCUGGCGGUGUGGGGAGAAGUCCAUCCCUCUCUCCAAGUACUGCUCUAAACAUAUCCUGCAUGACCCCAAUCAAGUGUUAUUCGGGGCAUGUGGCAUCAGUAAGUGUGGGGAUGACCAGUGCUCCACCCCCGUUGUGUCAGUGCCCUAUGCCUCCACCUGUAUCUACCAUACACCUGUACCCAACCCUGUUCCUGUAAGUUCACCGCUGGUGGAGGAGGUGGAGAGCUCCCAAACCGAGAUGGGCGGAGACGACGACCUCUACGAUCAUAGCAUGUACGGACACCUGCCUCCACCUGGGCCCAGAAACAUCAUAGACCUCCCUGAGACACACAGCUUCAUCGUGACGGAAGUGCCACCAGAUAACGUGAUGGAGGGUGACGACGACAUCCUUCCUGAGACUACUAAAGAGGAGACUCAACCAGCGGCAGAAACACCCAUGGAAACGGAGGAUGUUGUGCCCCCAAGCGAUGCCAAAGGUAACGACGUGCAGUCAGAGGAAGACCCAGCAAAGACUAGUAAAGAGAAAAGUGGUAAGGUUGAAGAAAGUGGAGAUACGAGUAACACCAACACUGUCAGUAGCACUAAUACGUUACAGACUCAGAAUGCGGAUGAGAGUCAGAAGGAACCCCCAACGGAUCUGCCAGUCACUGAAAACACUUAGUACAGGUGAGGCGGUGUAAAUAAUGAUAAGAGUAGCUCAGAAGACGGGUGUAAGUCAGAAGAAGGUCUGCCAAGUAGCUCAGUCACUAUAGUCACUACCUGCCAUCUGCCCCACAAGCUCUGCCCUCCUCUCUGUUGUUACACUCAUAUUAAAAUGCUCAUACAUAUCAUUACUUUAUCCAUCCUAUGUAAUAAUUUCCAUAAUUAUGUCAAGGAGAUGAGUGUGUGUUGAAAGCCAGAAGUAGAGAUUAAUGACUACAGACAGCUCCUUAGGGUUGAGUGUGAGGGAGGAUGCGGAGCUUAAGGCAGGCUGACGGGUAGUGACCAUAUUGAUACUUAGUUACGUACCACAGGGCAUCAUAUCUCCGAUCUCUUAUGCCAAAGUUACUGAUGUAUCGUCCAAGUGUACAGUAUUUCAUCUGUAAUUAAACAAGAGAAAAGAAAACUAUUAUAUUAAAGCCUUAAUUAUAACUUGCUACCACUCAAAGGGCAUCAUCAUCUCUACUGGAACUGUUUUGCAAAAUUUGUUGCUUAUCUUCCAUGUGUAAAGAACUUUGUAUAUAAUUAUGCAUGAGGAUGUUUACCAAUAUAGCAAACAGUCCUUAAUAUAACUUAGUACAAUACAGAAUCAUCAUAUACAAUUCUUUAAACUCUUAUGGCUCUGCUGCAGAUUUAUUUUCCAAGUGUUACAUUCAUUUCAUCAAUAAUAAUAAUAAUACAAA